CGUGUCGCUCGACGCCGUGCGCCGCCGCCCGCCGUUCCGCGAGGAGACAGGCGUCCACCUCUCCCGCCUGCAUGGCUGCCACUUCGCUCUCCUCCCUUCGCUUAUUGACGACGCAUGCCUGCCUCAGACCGACCACCGAAGAAUCCCGCAACCAUGGCGCUCCAGCUUGCCGUCCUCCUCUUACUGCUCCCACUACUCGCCGGCGCGUCCGCCGACGACAAAUUCAUCCGGCAGGUGACGACGCAAGGUACCCGCGCCGGCGCGGGCCCGGGUCUGCUCCCGGAGGCGCAGUUCGCAGCGUUCGUGAGGCGGCACGGGCGGCGGUACUCCGGGCCCAAGGAGUAUGCGCGUCGGCUGCGCGUGUUCGCGGCCAACCUGGCCCGCGCGGCGGCGCACCAGGCGCUGGACCCGACGGCGCGCCACGGGGUCACGCCCUUCUCCGACCUCACGCGGGAGGAGUUCGAGGCGCGCCUCACGGGCCUGCGCGCCGGCGGGGACGUCCAGCGGCUCAUGAGUGGCGUGCCGGCCGCCCCGCCGGCCUCGAAGGAGGAGGUGGCCCGUCUGCCGGCCAGCUUCGACUGGCGCGACAAGGGCGCCGUCACGGGCGUCAAGACGCAGGGCGCGUGCGGGUCGUGCUGGGCGUUCAGCACGACGGGCGCGGUGGAGGGCGCCAACUUCCUCGCCACGGGGGAGCUCGUCGACCUCAGCGAGCAGCAGCUGGUCGACUGCGACCACACGUGCAGCGCGGUGGCGCAGAACGAGUGCAACAACGGCUGCGCCGGCGGGCUGAUGACGAACGCGUACUCGUACCUGAUGGAGUCCGGCGGCCUGAUGGAGCAGAGCGCGUACCCGUACACGGGCGCGGCGGGGCCCUGCCGCUUCGACCCGACCCAGGUCGCCGUCCGCGUGGCCAACUUCACCGCCGUGCCGGCCGGCGACGAGGCCCAGAUCCGCGCGGCGCUCGUCCGCCGCGGGCCCCUCGCGGUGGGGCUCAACGCGGCGUUCAUGCAGACGUACGUGGGCGGGGUGUCGUGCCCUCUCAUCUGCCCGCGCGCGUGGGUCAACCACGGCGUGCUCCUCGUCGGCUACGGCGCGCGCGGCUUCGCGGCGCUGCGGCUGGGCUACCGCCCCUACUGGAUCAUCAAGAACUCGUGGGGAAAGCAGUGGGGUGAGCAAGGGUACUACCGCCUGUGCCGCGGAAGCAACGUAUGCGGCGUCGACAGCAUGGUCUCCGCCGUCGCCGUGGCACCGGCGCUGUGAACGAAUCCAGUGUACUCCUGAAACGGAAGUCCUGGACGGGGCAUGGUAUUGUCUGCACGUGGUAGUGUAGGCUUGGAUACAAGUGAUAAAGGAAUAACAAAUCCCGAUACGUACAGCCGUACAGACCCCACCCAUGUGCUCUUUGCUACUCGUUCCGUUCCAUUCUAAUAUAAAUUAUAUAUAAAUGAGUUCUAAUUU